AUGAUUGAAGAAACUUGGGAUGAUGAUGAUACACCUAAACCAUCAUUUCAACAGCAACCAACAGUACAAAAAUUAGGCAUUGGACGUGGUAAAUUAUCAUUUCCAGCAAAUAAUAAUACUGAACCAGCAGCACCAGUUUCUAAAUGGAAUGGUGGUGGUACAAGUAAUACAUCAGGUGGUUUUAACAAUUUUCGUAAUAAUAAUAAUGAAAAUAAUAAACCGAAUACUGAUGGAAAUUUUGGUUCUCGAAAUACUGGCAAUAGUUUUGGAGCUCGUAAUGGAUCAAGUGGAUUCAAUAGUGGUACAAGUGGAGCAUUUCGAAAUAGUAAUGAUGGAAAUUCUCGUGCAUGUUAUAAUUGUAAUGAAACUGGUCAUAUGAGUAGAGAUUGUCCAGAACCAAAAAAAGAUAAUCGUAGUAAUCGUGGUGGUUUUAAUUCAGGUAUAGGUGAUCGUAAAACUAGUUUUCGAUCAUCAGAUAAUACGGGAAAUACAUUUCGUAAUAUGAGAAAUCAAAAUAAUAAUGAUGAAAAUGAUAAUAAUAAUACAAAGCCAACUUUUACUGGAUGGCGAGGUGGAGCAGCAAAUAAUAAUAAUAAUAAUGAAUCUGAUGAUACUGCUAAACGUACAACAUUUGGUAGUUCAAAUACACGUGGUGGUUUUACUAAUAGUGGUGGUGCAUUUCGAGGUGGUCGAGGAGGAUCUGGUGGUGGUGGUGAUCGAGGAGGAUUUAGUGGGGGUAAUCGAGAUAAUCGUAAUAAUGGAAAUUGUUUCAAUUGUAAUCAACCAGGUCAUCAAUCUCGUGAUUGUCCUGAACCGAAGAAACCUCGUGAAGGUAGUGGAAAUGCUUUUUUUGGUGGUGGACGAAAAAAUGAUAAAGUAUCGGAUGACAUUUUCGAUCAACCUGGUGGUCGUGGUGGUGCACAACCUGUAGAACGAUAUAUUCCACCACCUCCACCAACAACUGAAGCUGAUAUAUUUGGUGAAGCAGUUAGUAAAGGUGAAAAUUUUGGUAAAUAUCAUCGAACACAAGUACGUUGUUCACCUGAAGAUAAAGUAAAACCAAUUGAAUUAUAUGAAGAAGCAAAUCUUGGUACACAAAUAUUAUCAAAUAUUCGUCGUGCUCAUUUUGAUGAACCAACAACUAUUCAACGAUAUGCUAUACCUUGUAUUCGACAACAAGAUGAUUUAAUGGCAUGUGCUCAAACUGGUUCGGGUAAAACGGCUGCUUUUCUCUUGCCAAUUAUUUCAAAUUUACUUGAAUAUCAUGCAAAUGAAUUACCGGAAAAACAUCAUCCACCAUCACCUCUUUGUCUUGUCAUUUCACCAACACGUGAACUUGCUUUACAAACUGAACGUGAAGCAAGAAAAUUUGCUUAUCAAACUCCUAUUAUACCAUGUUCUGCUGUUGGUGGUCAUGAUAUGUUUACUGUUACAGAUCGUCUUCGUGAAGGUUGUCAUAUAUUAUCAGCAACUACGGGUCGUCUUAAAGAUAUGGUUGAAAAAGGCCGAAUUUCAUUAAGAAAAGUUAAAUAUUUUGUUCUUGAUGAAGCCGAUCGAAUGUUAGAUACUGGUUUUGAACCUGACAUUCGUAAAUUAGAAGAUCUUGGUUUACCACAAAAAGAUGAACGUAUAACAUCAAUGUUUUCAGCAACAUUUCCUGAUGAAGUUCAAAGACUUGCUAAACAUUUUCUACGUGAAAAUUAUGUUUUUCUUGCUGUUGGUAUACUUGGUGGUGCAAAUGAAGAUAUUGCACAAACUAUUGAACCUGUAUCACAAGCUAGCAAAAAAGAUCGACUUUUUCAAUUACUCGAAGAUAAUCUUAAAUCUGAACGUUGUUUAAUAUUUGUUGAAACAAAACGAUCAGCUGAUUAUAUUGGUGCUUUAUUAUCACAACGAAAUUUUAUGAGUACAACAAUGCAUGGUGAUCGAACACAACGACAACGUUUAGAAGCUGUACAACAAUUUACAAAUGGAAAAUGUCCUAUACUUGUUGCAACAUCAGUUGCUGCACGUGGUUUAGAUUUUCCAUUAAUUGGUUAUGUUAUAAAUUAUGAUUUACCUGAUACAAGUGAUUUUUAUAUUCAUCGUAUUGGUCGAACAGGUCGUGCUGGUCAUUUGGGUAAAUCAAUUUCAUUUUUUGAUCCUGAUCGAGAAUCUGAUCGAAAUAUUGCACCUGAUCUUAUACAAAAAUUAAGCGAAGCUGGUCAAGAAGUACCUGAAUUUCUUAGAAAAUAUAGUGGAAGUAUUCAAGAUAUUAAUCGUGAUAGUUUUGGAACAAAAAAUACAGAUAUGCGUUCCGGUGGUUUUGCUCAUAGUCAAACAGCGGCUACCAGUGGUGGUACAGCAUCGGCUGGUGCAACAGAAGAUUGGGAUUAA